AGGAGACCUAUAGCCUCGCCGAUUGCGCAAGGAGAUUUCGAGAAGCUGGUUGAACGGGACCGUCGGUUUACUCGAACCUUGGCGAACCGAACGUGCCCUGUAGCCCAAUCACGUCCUAUCACCGGCGGCGAUGUUGAUGGUGGCGGGGCUACGGAUUGGAGCCUCGUCUUCGCCUACGCAGCCGCAGCAGUUUAUGUUGGAAAGAAAGCGACAACGUGAGAGGGAAUCGUCGUUGUAAGCUUUACUCUUCAUCCCUGUGGAUUGCUUGUCAAAUGGAGGAGCAAUUCUUACUUCGCGUUCCACCAUCAAUAGCUGAGCGCAUAGAGCGCUUGUUGAAUGAAAAUCCAUCCACUUCUGAAGAUGGUUGCUUGGAUCUAUCCUUCACAGAUGAUGGAAGAACUGGUGCUUUUUCCAUUGGCAAUGAGACUUUUCCUGCCUCUCUCUUGGAUCUUCCAGGCGUUGUGGAGUCUUAUAAAACAUAUGAUGAUACCGUACUAAUCAAAACUGCUGAUAUUGGUCAGAUAAUCAUGGUGAGGGAAGAAGGUGAACCUUCUCCUGAAGGAAUAGAAUACAGGCAUGGUCUUACCCCUCCAAUGAGGGAUGCUCGUAAAAGACGGUUCCGUAGAGAACCUGAUCUCAAUCCAGAGCUGGUACAGCCGGUUGAGAAAGAUCUUCUGAACAUUAUGUCUGGUGGGACAGUCGACAAUAUCCUUUUAUGAUUUUGUUUGGGACAGCUUUCUUACUGCUUUAUAAAGCAACUUUUUAGUACAAAAAUUAUAAUUUGUAUACUAAAAAAUUAUUUUAUGAAGCAGAAAAAAGUCGUCCCAAACGAAACCUAUAUGCGGCUUUUCAUUUUAUUUUCAAAAUUGUUGUUGCAAUCUAAAUUAGGGCGAAUUAUUACGUCCGGUCACCGGACAUCCGGACAUCCAAUCCAGACGCGCUACAUCACCCAAAUACACCGGUGCCCAAUAUAUUUGGCUGACGUGACUGGGGCCCGGUGUAUUUAGGUGACGUGGCGCGUUUGGAUUGGUGUCCGGAAGAAUCCGGACACCGGACGUAAUAAUUUUCCCUAUUAAGCCUAGAACUUUUAAUGCACUAAGUAGUCUGAUGCUACACAUUUUUGUACAGAACAUAGAGAAAAAGUGUGGGGUCCAGAAAUCCACUCAUUAUCUAUUCUAUCAAUUGAGCAACGAUUCCCUAUUUUUUUCUUGAUUAUUUUUA